CUAUGUUAUUGAGUCCUGAGAAGACAGAGUGUUCUCUUUCUCCAGCUUCCUACCAUGACUCAAUGAACAAUCUUGCUUGCAAGUAUACAAGGCAUGCUGUAGAAGAUACUUGUACGUUGUCUUCUUGCAUUGCACCUACAACUGUGCUGAAGGCAGACCCCAAAAGAAAGUGUAGAACCAACUGGGAAUCUCUCAGUGAUAGCAACUCUGGUUUUUCUGACACUUCUGAUAUGGAGCAUACAGUUUUUGUCCCAUUCGCUUGCGCAGGUUCUACAGGCAGUAGCUUAGUGGAAGUUGGUGGGGAACUUCAAGACCUCUUGAUCACUGCCUAUGAAUACAAGAGGGAGGAUAUGAGCCAACUUGCUUCUCCGCUGAAAUUGAAGCACGAUCAAGACACUUUGUAUUAUAAACCAGUCUGUGAAGAGCUGAGCAAUGUAAACCUCCACAAUACCAACCACGUUGAAGAUUUCAAAGUUAGGAAUGAGAAGGAACAAAAUAUUCCAUACUCAGAACACCAAAGUGUUGAUCUUUUGUACAACAAUUACUUGCAAAUUUCAGGCACACGGAAUGAAUUGCUAACAGUCACCAUGCCUAAGAGUGCUCUGUCUUCUCAUUCUUCCACAGCUCCAAAACAACCAAGUCCUUGUAAAUCCAAAAGUCUUGGAGACUUAACCUCAGAAGAUAUCUCUUGCAAUUUCGAGAGCAAAUACAAGUACAUUAGUAGAGGUUUUAUUACUUCUGGCAUGAGAGACAAAAUGGUGGCUUCUCUGAAGGCUAAGAAACCUCAAAGCACAGAUGCUCUAACACAGCAACUGCGAAAACUAGUGUCUUUUGAUCAGGAAGAUGAUGGCCAGUCCUUUUGUUCCAAGCAGGAGGAGGAUUGCCCCAGAAUGUUGGUCAGAAAAUUGUCAUCCAGAAGUCAAAGCAGAGUGCGAAACAUUGCUAGUCGUGCCAAGGAGAGACAAGAAGCCAACAAACAAAAACUUUCUAAUGCUAACAGUAACACAGCUGGGGUAGUCCUUCGAAAUAAACCUCCUACCACUCCUCAUAUUAUCAACAGACAUUCCACUGGUUCCUACAUUGCAAGCUAUCUGGAUAACUUCAGCCCAGAUGAUCUAGAAGGCAGAGGCGUUCCAGAAGGCGCAUGCACAUCUUUGCGCUUUGGGCACAGGGACCAGUUUUAUGUUGAUGAUUCUCUUUUAGAGACGAAGUCAAGUGAAGAUGAUAAACCAGAAAUUUAUUUUCUCCUGAGACUGUAAAUUGUAUACAUGUACAUCUUUGUUGUUUACAAGCUUUCUUGUUGAAUGAAGGAUUAUCCAUACGUAAUGCAACCAUUAGCAUUGAAAUUACUCAGAAAUGUAUUUUUACUACGGUUUGAUUCUUGUCUGGAAUUAAUGUAUCUGUUUCAAUGAAUGUUUAUGUAAAUAGAUGUUGUAAAAUGUGACAUCUCAUUUUUUAAAAAACUACACAGACACAUUUGUUGUUCUUUGCUUGACAUUAGAUGCAAUUAGUCCUGGUGUCUUGUUUUUGCAAUGCAUGUACAACAGAAUUUGGUACAGCUGUCAGUGACCACAAAAUGCUACAUUCAGUGAAAACCCUUCUACUUUUCUAUCCUUAUUAGUUAGUUCUAGGAAAUUCUAGAGCAGUUAUCUGGUGAAAUUCCAUCUUCAAUAUGUGAUCAAAAUUUUUGAAUUGAUACUUUUGUCACUGAAAAAAAUGAUAUUGAGAAAUACUUAGCCACUCAAAUGUAAUCCAGUAACCAGAAGCAAAAAAAGAGGGCCAUUUCUGAAUUUUUUUUUAAAAAAGUUGAAACGUUAUUGAAAUGCAUUUUUCAUUUUCAGGAUGCAGAUUUCAAAAUGGGCGUCUGUAUGAAAAAGAAACUAAUAACAAAACCAGAUUCAUGUAUAUAGGGACGAGUUCAGAAAUUGGUUUUUGGUGUAUGGUGAAAGAUUUUCCCACCACAGUCACCCUACUUUUGAUAUACGCUGGAGGAUUUGGUCUGUAUUUGGAGUGCUCAUAGCCUGAUUUUCUUCAGUGCUUGAACUGUUCUGAAUAUGUGUUGGAAAUAUUAUGCCCCUUGACCAUGAAGACAAAAGGUCAUCUCUUAUUCAUAAAAAUUUAUA